CGGGCACGCGGCUGUGGAGGGGCAGCCGUUGGAGUCGGUUGGUCGGUGGGCGAAGGGGCGCCUCCUCCCCCUCCCCUCCCCCUCGCGCCCGAGGCCAGAAGAGAGGGAGGGGAGGCCAUGAAGAGGAGGCGGCGGCCCCGCGAGGCUGCCUGGCGCUUCCCUCCUCGCGCUUCCCGUCCUUCGGGCCCGGACCCUGAGGAGGCUCCCUGAGGAGGAGGGCCUCGGCACUCCCACCUGCCUCCUGCCGCCUUCCCCGUCCCUCCGUCCUCGAUGUCUUCCCCGCCGCGGGGAGCCCGGCCCACCCGCGCCUCCUCCGCCUCCUCCUCUUCUUCGGCCCUCCGCACCAGCCUUCCCCGAGAGCGGCGGCCCCAGCAGCGAGGGCCCCACGGCCCCGGCACCAUGAAGGCGGAGGCGGGGGACAGCAGCCUCAUCAACCUCUCGGUCCAGCAGGUGUUGAGUCUGUGGGCACACGGCACCUCGCUCCGGCACCUCACAGAAAUGUGGUACUGGGUUUUCCUAUGGGCCCUCUUCUCCUCUCUCUUUGUCCAUGGUGCUGCAGGAGUUUUAAUGUUUGUGAUGCUGCAAAGGCAUAGGCAAGGAAGAGUAAUCUCUGUCAUUGUGGUCAGCAUUGGAUUUCUGGGUUCUGUAACUGGAGCAAUGAUAACAAGUGCAGCCGUGGCAGGAAUUUACAGAGUAGCUGGGAAAAGUAUGGCUCCUUUGGAAGCACUUGUAUUUGGAGUUGGGCAGACUGUACUGACACUAAUAAUUUCAUUUUCAAGGAUUCUUGCUACACUUUGAAUCUUCUGUGAAGCUUUCUUUAUAAAAGGAGAAAGUCUGCAGUGACACUUUGGUAGCUGAUGGACUUGGAAUUGGGAGGGGAAGUACCUGUUACAUGGACCGUAAAGUUAGAGGUUCCAUGCAUUUGGAAACUACUUCCCUCUACAGUCCAAAAAUGACACACGACUGCACUGCACCUAAUGUGCCUCUGACACAGGCAAAGUGUGAUCAGUUUAGGAGAAACUGCAAGAUGAAGCACCUUGUGAAGCUGCUAAUCAGGCAAAUGUUGGUGAUGUGAUCAUUGUUCAUAACAGUGUUGAAGAAAAUACAGGGGCAUUUCUAAGGAGUGGAUACAUGUGCCAAAUGUAAAGUUGAACACUGAUAGUAUGACUACUUAAACGUGUAGUGAGUGCUGUAAAAAUAGUUUUUUAAAAAAUCAGGUACACAAGGCACUUGCUUCUUGUAACAGCUGAACUCUACUCAAUGCAGAACGUUACCAAGCUUGUAGUGGAAUGGCAGGAGUCAGUUACUUGAGUACAGAAUUACUUAUGAGCAUUGCUGGGAUUUAGUUACUGAAACAAAAUUUUAGUAAGAACAUGAAUGUGAUUAAGCCAGUAUAGACUUUUCUUGAAAAGGGAUUUAUAAAGAUAUAUCACAUGUAUUAAAGCCAGCUCAUCAGUAUUUUUCUUUCUUUCAUUACUAUCCAUUCAUGGUAUGUCCCAAAAUCGUAUUCGAGUCAAAUGACCAAACAGCUCAUAAAAUGAAAUGUACAUUAUUUCUGAAGACUUUAGGUUUUUUAAAAAAGUUGUCUGUUGUGUUCCAUAAUUUUCUAAACAUAACUGAUUUUCUAUGUAAAAGAACAGUUGUGUUGGUAUUUAUUGUAACAGGUAAACAUGACUGUAAAUGUCUUUUUAAAAACCAGUAGGUAUCUUAAGUCCUGAAAAGCACAUAUUUAGCAUAUGGCCCACAGUUGAAAUGAGAAAUUUAAAAACCUGAAAGAGGUCAUUUUUUGUACAUGAGCAAAGCAAUUAUUCUAAUAAACAGUCAGUAUCAAAAAGAGGACACUUUAAAAAUGUUAAUUUCCCCUUUUACGUUUGACUUUUUCAUAGCUUGCUUCCAGUAGACAUACACAGUCGUAUCUCUCUUUGUAUUUGUUUGUAUCGUUUCAACAAGAGCUUUGGUGGUGUGACUGUAAUGUCUUUACUGUGAAACAUUUUGAUGUGAGUCGUGAAAAAUGUCAGGACACUGAUCUAAAUUGAUAAAAGUAUGGGGAAAGAGUUAAUAUUGUACUGAUUUUCAUGCUGCCCAUGUAGUGUGAGCAGAGAUGCAACCAUGGCUCCACUGUCCAUAUCACUAUCUGAAAAAGCAGGCUCCCUAUUUCUAAAAGCUAGUAUCGGGGACAACAGAUUGACCACCAUUUUCAGCAUCUAUCAAAAAUCUUUAAGUGCUGCCAUUUCCCAAUUACACUCUCAUCAACAGCAACUCUUUAACUCUGUCUACUGUUGAAUUUUAUCUGAACAAGUGUGGAUAUCCUUGCUGGCCACCUGGAACAAACUAGGCAGAUACACAAAUAUGAUACUGCCUUUACAAUUGCUUCUGCGCUUUGAAUCUGACAGCUAAUGCAGGUGGAGAGGGGACUUGGUUUCAUACAAUCCUUCCCUACGGGGACAGCAUGUGGGCUAGCCUUUAAUGUUCAUUUAUUGAAAUAGACAGUCUAUAUAUGCAUCUGGAAGGAAGGGAAAGACAUAGCUAGGAGCUGUCAUCAUAACAGAAGUCAAUGCCUACAGAAGUUAUACCUGCAGCAAUAAUAUUUUGACAGCACAGUGCUUUGUUCCACAACCUUUCUAAAUGUUACAGGAUAAAACCCAUAAUUUGUAUUUAUAUAUACUAAUGAAUUACUGCUAGCCAUUAUUUUUCCUACUUUGAUUUAGAGAUUACAUUUUUUUAAAAAGACAUUCACUUUUCUCUUAAAGUUCAGUAUUAUGUAUGUUUUUGGGAAUAGGCUGCUAUCCUGCAAGGACCUGUAGAUAAAACUGGAGCUUUUUCUGUGACUCUGAGAACCUUGUCUGCCACAAAUGGGAGACAGGGGAAUGGAGACAGUAUUAAUCUAGAUGUUUGAAGAAACAUCAGCAUAUUUCAGCAUUUUUAUUUUGAGUAGUUUGAAAUUCAACACCAAGGUAUAUUUUAAACAUUCUGUAGUAUACAGUAUUUAAUUUAUAGUGCCUUGAGUAUAUGUUAGCGUUUUCUAUCUUGUCCACUUUAUUGCUGUUCUGUCUCUACUCUUAGAUUAGCUGUUAGGCCAGUGUAGUUUGUUGUGGAAGUAGUGUUAAUAUUGAAAAUGGGAGUGGACACAAGUCUUCUGAAACACUACUCCACUUCAAGUCAACACAGAAAGGGAUUUUCAGGGGGGAAAUCUUAAUUGGAAGAAUUAUAAUCCUGUAUAUUUUUAGGGCUUGUAGUUAGAAAGCUGCAUCUUGGUUUCAAUAUUUUAUCGAACAUCAGAACAUGCUGUAUGUGAUGCUGUUGUGAAUGUUACAUGUGAAGUGGUUUGAUAUCUAGUGUUAUCUGUAGUGAUUCAAUGAUGCUACAAAGCAAGCACUUCUCAGGCUCCAGUACUAAAGACAAUUAUGAAAAAUGUACCUGUAAAUUUUUAAGUCUGUUGACUUUAGGGCUAUAUCCAGAAAUGUAUAUUCAUGCUUCCUAUGUUGUUUGUGAUUGCCUCAUUCUGACAAACCUUCAGUAAUUUUAACACGAAGCAAAUUUCAUCAGUAUUAAGUCUAGGCUGGGAAUAAUUUGUAGCCUAGGUAUACACUUUGUGUUGAAAUGUAACACAUCUAUUUGGCACAAAUGAUAAUAUGACCAUCUUUCAAAAAAGAUACGCUCAGAAGAACUAAAUAGGACUCUUUUGCAACAGGAAGCAAUUGUAGAUCAUGCCUCAUGACACACAGCCAUUGGGAUGUUUUUAGGAUAAAUCAAUGUACAUGAUUGCUCUCUUUCUAUAAAAGUUGGUAAAUUAAAUAGAUACACUAGAUAUCAGUAAUGGCUAUUAAAGUAUAUGUUUUCAGCAUGGUAAGAACCAGUAGUGAAGAAACCUGGCCUUAAUCCUUUUGAACAGAGUACAUCCAACUUGUGUUUUGAAGAGACUGCAGCAUUAGUUGCUCAGUGCAUCUCAAAACUACUUUCUAUAAUAAAAUAGGAAUGAAGAAGUCAAGGAAAUGUGUUCCAUAGCAGUAUGUUCUAUAGUCAGACUUGAAAUGUAUGUGUCAGAAGUAAUGUGAAUAGGGCAGUUUUUCAUAUUCUAAAAUGGAUGAAUUUCUGUGUAUUAAUCUAACUGCAAGUUUACAGUAAUGUGCUUUAUUUCAGAAUGAAAUAUCCUUUGUAUGGAUAGCCUAACAACAAUACUUAAAGCUGCUAAAGAAGUGAAGGGAAACAUUGAAACCAAUCUUCCAAAAUUCAUCUGAGGAAAUAGUUGAAUGUGCUACCAGGGGAGCAUUCUUUAAAAUAACCUAGUGUAAACUUUAUGGAAUACUGUUACCAGACCACAAACUGAAUUGCUAGCAACUGUCUUAAUGACAGUGGGCAAUGUCACAUUAUUCAAAAUAAACUUUUCCAGGUGUUACUCAUUUUGUUCCUUAUAACAAGUUUCAUGAAGUGCUCUCACUCCAUUGACAUUCUUGGUAUCCUUUAUUUAUUCAGAGCCACCAGUAACAUUAGUUUGGUUUAAUUUAUAAAAAACAUUGGCCAAAGAGAUGGUUUAGUAUGUGUGUAUUUGUCUGUAAUAUAGCAUUUAAAUAUAUUUUUCUUGAUUAAAUCUGAGGAAAGCGGUAGUGUUUCCUCUUCAGUUUUGCACUUUGUUAUAUUUUGUUUCAGUAUGAUAAACUUAUUUCUACUUGAAGCUUGCAUAUUUUUGUUGUAUUGUAGUAUAAUCGAGCAAUCAGCUUUCGGUAUGAUUAAACUGAUUUUUAAAAUUAGUUACGUUUGAAUUAGUACUGUUUGAAAUAUUUAUACAGUGUUGUUGCCCCAGUAUGAUUUGAGGUGAAUAUUUUGAGCUAAUUUAUACGUGUUGUCCAGAUUUUUAGAGAAUUGCACACAGUAGUGAAUAUAAGAAACUUGGGCCCUAUGCAAGAAGUAUUUCUGUAUGUGGUCAUCUGCCUUUUGUUUGUUUCAUUCCUCCAAGUGUCAUGAUUACUUUGGGAUUUGGGAUGAAACUGGGAAGUCACAGCACCACAUGGAUCUUCCAUUUCCGAUUUAAUAGUUUGCAGCCUUAACAUGUUAGUUGAAACAAAACUGUGGCUGCAAGUUUGAAACUGACAUUUCACAGGGGUCAUGGAGGAACUGUGUGUGCCUCUUCUUCCAUUCAGGUUAAUAAAGCUGAACAAGUGAAGUGACAAUAAAAA